AUGCUAUCUCGUCCUACAGGUACAUGUAGAGAAGAAGUCGACUUUCCUAUGCAUCCAAACUCUCAAAGCAUGUUUCCAUACCAUGAUGUACGAGGAUAUUGGCCGGAUCCUUCAAAUUUCAGCUCGAAUGCCUCCCUCAUCGACGCAUCUCGAUGUUCGAUGGAGCCGCCAGAACUCCAUUAUUCCUCUGCGUCUGCAUCCUCCACGAUGUCCUCGGUGUCCAUCGCCACAAUGGGAUCUCCGCAUUCGAUCCAUGGACAUAUUGUCUCACCUCCAGAAUGGGCACCCCAUGGUGUCGGGCUGACCCCGAGCACUGAUAGUUAUGACAAUUUUGGACCCAGCAAAGAAUACACCUUUCAACCCUCGGGGAUGGAUGGCUUCGCAUUAGAUGCGUUUCAUUCAUCGAAGCCUAACGGCUUUGUUGACCCAUCUAUCCUUCAUCUGCAAUACACCAGUCGUCCAACCCCAUCAAGUCAACUAUAUGAACACUCCUAUCCAUAUCUACCAUCAGGACGAACUUCCGUGCAGAGUGUUAACGACAACCUGAGCAGCGAGGAAUACAAAGAGAAAGGUCGUUGCACAUAUCCGGACUGUGGCAGGGUAUUUAAAGACCUCAAAGCUCAUGUGCUCACGCAUGCAAUUGAGCGGCCCGAAAAGUGCCCAUUGGAGACAUGCGAGUAUCAUACAAAGGGUUUUGCUCGAAAAUAUGACAAGAACCGGCAUACCUUAACUCAUUACAAGGGAACUAUGAUCUGUGGCUUUUGUCCAGGUAUGGGUUCGCCGGCCGAGAAGUCAUUUAAUCGUGCAGAUGUCUUCAAACGCCAUCUCACUAGUGUUCAUGCCGUAGAGCAGACACCACCCAAUAGCCGCAAAAAGACUUCACCUUCAGGAAACGCCAAUGCUACUAAGAAUUUGUCGGGCUAUGCACCCAGUGCCACAGGCAGAUGUUCAAUUUGCGACACGAUAUUCAAUGACGCCCAGGAGUUUUACGAGCAUCUAGACGAUUGUGUCCUUCGAAUUGUCCAACAGGAAGAACCGUCAGAAGCCAAUGAUGCUACUCGCUUAGCAGAAGUCGAAAAUGACCACGCUGUCCACCAAACACUUGAUGCGAAGGCUCUCCUUAGCUCUAUCACAACACUGAUUUCGGAUAAAGAGGAAUCUGACCACGAUUCCGACCUUACGCCACCGUCCCGUUCUGAUCAAAUGACCCAAGGACUUACAGACACCAAAGGUGGCGUCACGCUCGAAACUUUAAGUCAAGGUAAGAAGCGCAAAGAUUACCCCUUAUCUUGGGGCAGUCCAAUUUCACAAAUGAAAAUGAAAACGAAAACGAUUCCUUGCUAUGACAUGAUGCUUAAUUCGGACUAUGAGGUUCGACUAGAGCUUGGUGAUGAGAAAACAUACGUCACCGAUCUUGAUGUUCAGACAAUGAAGCGAGCAGAUACUUUCAGGACUCAUUGGAAGAUGAAGAAGGUCCAUGCGUUUCGAGGGAUGUAUGUGGGACAGACAUGCAGAAGCUGA